ACUCACCUCAAACACCAAGACACCCACUGCAAUUGCAGACCUGGGCAAUCGAUAGCUCCACAGAGAAAAAGAAAGCACAAGGAAGUGUCUGCCUAAACUGCAAGAUCAAUGAAAAUUCGGGCACGUUGCCGUGGAGCUCGGGCUCAGUGCAUACAGGUGGUGAGGCAGGAAGAAGUCUUGCGUUUAGGGGUUGGGAAGAGUUGGUACUUGCCGUCCAACCACAAACUUCAGUUCGGCCCCUCAAGCAACCGGCAGCUCAAGACAACAAAGAAACGGGACAUAACCGACAGCUCACACUGCAGAAACAGGGAUCUUCCGCCUAGCCUCAAGCACAUCGCCGUGAAGCUCGGGCUCCGCACAGUAGACCCAGUCAGUCAAGGACAGGUAUUUGCUUCCAAUAACCUGCAAGACAUGUACCUUACCGCCCAAACACAAAGCUCCAACUCCGCUCGAGCAAUCGACAGCUCUGUAAAGAUCAAAGAAAUCCCGGGGGAGCAAAUGACUGCUCAAGCGAUCAGAAGCUCCCAGGCAACAAAAAAAUUGACAGCUCAAGCUGCAUUGAUUACACAGAAUGUGUGGUGCCGUGGAACUUUGGAUGCAUGGCAGAUGAGCAAAGACGGGUUUCUGCAUGUAGCCGUUGAAAAAGAAAGAUGAAAGCCUGUCACAGCUGGAUAUCACUGGUGUUAUAUCGAAACUUAGAGGGCCACGAUUGAACUAGAGAUAAUUGGUUUCGGAAGGAUGAUAACAAAGAACG